AUGGCCAUCAGUGAGAUCGUCGCCGAUGAAUCCCUCCUACCAGUUCUCCAAACUAGCGCCGAGACUCUAGCCCGGUGUCAUCAGUUGCUCACUAUCCUGAAUCCCGAUGCCCUUCCCAACGAUCCCGCCAAGCUCCAGGAACUAUCCUUAGCCGCCUCAAAACAACAAAAACUUCUAUUUUCACUAUUAGCCCAACUCCGCGGGCAGAAUCGAGAUGCCGUCAUUCGCGUACGCGAUACUAAGCAGUCCACUGCGGAGGCACGGCAAGAAAUCGACCGGCUGCAUCUCCAGCUUCAGAACUUGUAUUAUGAACAGAGGCAUCUGACCGGUGAGAUUGCGGCUUGCGAGGCCUAUGACCACAAAUAUCUAUCCCUUCCUUUGACCCCGGUGGAAGAGUUCCUGGAGCUUCAUCCCGAACACCGCGAUUCCAGCGAACAUGACCUCAUGAUCGCUCGCAUCGAACAUGAGCAUGCCGAACGAGAGAAAUUGGAACAGGCGCGGCAGGAGCUGUUGAAGCGCAAGCAGGCGUUGAUCGCGGAGAACAAGAAAAGAAAGAACGAUCUUGCCAAUCUCGAUCAAGACCUCGAAAAGUUCAUCGAUGCUGCGAAACCGAUCCAGAAGAUUUUCGAGAAAGAAUACUAG